AUGAAGGUGCCGUGCCGAAUAGGCACAGUCGUCAGCACGAUAUGCCUUCUAUUUGCCUCUGUCCAAACACAUUCCCUGAGCAGAAAACCUCUAAACUACUUGACCCUCGUCGAGAACGCUGAAAUUGGCACGCCUUCGUCCCGGGUACAUGCUUACUCACACUUCGACCUCUUCUUCGACCUUCACCAGGAAAGGCAGCAGGUGAAGCUUACUCUGGAACCGAACCAUGAUAUAAUUGCAAAAGGAGCGUCGGUGCAGUAUCUAGGACAGGACGGCAAAUUAGUACGCACAGAGGAGAUCGAUCGACGAGCGCACAAAGUUUUCAAGGGAGAUGCAUGGACCCAGGAUUAUGAUGGGAGAUGGACGAAGAUAGGUUGGGCCAGAAUAGUCAUUCGGAGAGAUGGAACCGACCCGUUGUUUGAAGGCGCAUUUACAAUCAUGCACGACCAUCACCACAUCCAAUUACGAUCCAAUUACAUCUCUACAAAGCACGCAUUGGACCCUGAGGUGGAAUUAACUGACGACGAGUACAUGGUCAUAUUCCGGGAUUCAGACAUCGACAAGAGACCAUUGAACGGGCACACAGAGCUACGGAGGUCUGGCGAAAUUCAAGGUUCCUGCAGAUCUCAUGAACUACACUUCAACUCCGACCCCCAGCAAACCGUGCUGAAACGCAGCGUUGGAUCUUGGGGCGCUGCACCGAUCAUUUCACUAUUCGGGAAGCGACAAAUUGAUACUGGCGGUAUCCCUGCUGGGGGUAACUCUGGAAGUGUCAAUCUGAAAAGCACUAUCGGUAAUUCAGCUGGUUGUCCUACAACACGAAAAGUGGCUUUGAUUGGUGUAGCUACCGAUUGCACCUACACUGGGUCGUUCAACUCAUCCGAAACUGCACACUCUAAUGUGAUCACUCAGAUCAACUCAGCUUCGAAUGUGUACGAGAGUACUUUCAAUAUCUCAUUGGGGCUCCAGAAUCUCACUGUCAGCGACGCGACAUGCCCUGGCACCCCAGCGGCUGCUACGCCAUGGAACACUGGCUGCGGAGGCAAUACGUCUAUCACAGAUCGGCUCAAUACGUUUUCGCAAUGGCGAGGUGACAACCCAGAUAGCAAUGCUUAUUGGACCCUUUUGACUACUUGUCAAACUGGUGCUGAGGUCGGUUUAUCAUGGCUUGGCCAACUCUGCGUGAACGAUGUAACGAACAGCUCGGGAGAAGUCGUCAGUGGUGCCAAUGUGGUGGCAAAGACUUCCACAGAAUGGCAAGUCAUUGCCCACGAAUCCGGUCACACCUUUGGAGCCGUCCAUGACUGCGAUUCGCAGACCUGUGCGUCAAGCGAGACCGUCAACUCCCAGCAAUGCUGCCCUCUCAGCACCACUACCUGCGAUGCGGGGUCCAAGUACAUCAUGAAUCCUUAUGAGGUGGAUGGCAUAUCGGCAUUCAGCGCCUGCACUGUCGGUAAUAUCUGCUCUGCCCUUGGCCGCAAUAGUGUUUCGAGUUCCUGCCUAUCCGACAAUAAAGGUGUUACAACGAUCAGCGGCCAACAAUGCGGCAACGGCAUUGUCGAAGAGGGCGAAGACUGCGAUUGCGGGGGCACCGCGAAUUGCGGUAGCAACGCCUGCUGCGACGCCACGACCUGUAAAUUCAAGGAUGGCGCUGUCUGCGAUCCCUCAAACGAGGACUGCUGCACUAAUUGCCAACUCUCCAGCGCCGGUACAGUAUGCAGAGCCAGUACCGGCCAGUGCGACCCGCAGGAGACUUGUAGUGGCACCAACGCGACCUGUCCCCCCGAUGCCUCUGCGCCCAAUGGACAGAGCUGCGGAAACAGCUCUCAAAGCCUCCAAUGCGCAAGCGGACAAUGUACGUCAAGGGAUCAGCAGUGCAAGACAUUGAUGGGUUCGUACACGACGAAGAACGACACUUACGCUUGUGACAGCCAAGACUGCACGCUGUCGUGUGCUUCCCCUGAGUUCGGUCCAGGUGUUUGUUACAGUAUGCAGCAGAACUUCCUUGACGGUACUGUGUGCGGUGGUGGUGGGAAGUGCAAUAACGGUCAAUGCAAAGGUUCAACCGCUGCCAAAGAAAUCGGUAGCUGGAUUCAUGACAAUCGUAACCUCGUCAUUGGAAUAUGCUGUGGCAUUGGCGGACUUCUGCUGCUUUCCAUCCUUAGCUGCAUUGUACGACGGUGCAGACGCCCUCGGCAGCCGCGUCGAACCCAGCCAAUGAUGCCACCCAUGAACCAAGGGUGGGGGGGCCCUAUGCCGCAGGGUGCAUGGAUGAGUGGCGCGCAGCAAGGACAAGGACGUGGUGGCAGUGGCCAUGGGUAUGGAGGCUACAAAGGUGGUCCGCAGUAUCCACCGCUUGGAUAUGUGCAGCCUAGUGUGCGAUAUGCUUAA